UUGGUUUUUUUCCAUGUCUCUGCAUUUUCUUUUCCCUUUGAAAUCACCUCACCCAACAACAUGAGGCCAACCCCUCCAAAAAAGUCCGAAGAGCAAAGAUUUUUAUCAGUCUGUCUUCAAGAUCCUGCUGUAUAGCCCUCCUCCACUGGUCGAAAUACAUUUGAAAUUUCUGCUCUCUUUUUCAUCUCUGGGAAUACAAGAUCCCCCAAAAAUUUGAGCUUUUGUCCGAGCUGACUUGCCUCUCUGUGAUCACGAAACUUUCUAAUCAUUCUCACUGUGUGAAAAAUUUCUAUCUUUUUCGCCUGUACAAGACUCUCACUGGUUCAAAGUUUCGAUUUUUCGGUCCCUCUGUUUCUGUAUUUUGGAGUUUUAAUUGGUUUUCCAUCUGGGGGCACGUUUUCUCUUUGUCCGAGUUCAGAGCUGCUUGGGAAAUUUGCAGUGUAAAAGGAAAAUGGGUUUUUGAUGUCUAGCUCGUAGAAAUUCGAUUUUGUUUCUUUUUCUUUUUUUUGAAAGCUUUGAGUUAUGGAGGGAAGAGAUGGUGUGGGCGCUAGCAGUGGAGGUGUUACAGUGGUGGGAUCAGACGCUCCAUCGGACUACCAUGUCGCUCCAAGAACCGAGAACCCCACCCAGACACCCGGAUCGGCGCCACCCCCGGUGGCGGUGGCUCCGCCGCCUCCGGCCGCCGCGGGGAUUCUGGUGAAGAAGAAGAGGGGCCGGCCAAGAAAGUAUGGGCCUGAUGGGUCGGUAGGGGCGGCGCUGUCGCCAAGGCCGAUAUCGUCGGCGGCACCGCGGCCACCAGUGAUUGACUUCUCCACCCCGAAGCGCGGCAAAGUAAGGCCGGCCGGGUCGGUCAGCAAGCCCAAGUUUGAAGUGGAGAAUCUUGGUGAAUGGGUCGCAUGCUCUGUGGGUACCAAUUUUACUCCCCACAUUAUCACCGUUAAUACAGGAGAGGACGUCAUGAUGAAAGUCAUUUCCUUUUCUCAACAAGGACCUAGAGCCAUAUGCAUUCUCUCUGCGAACGGCGUGAUCUCAAGCGUUACGCUUCGUCAACCUGAUUCCUCCGGCGGUACCUUGACAUACGAGGGUCGUUUCGAGAUAUUAUCCUUAUCCGGAUCAUUCAUGCCCAACGACACUGGGGGAAGGAGAAGCAGAUCUGGCGGGAUAAGCGUCUCAUUAGCGAGCCCAGAUGGACGUGUUGUGGGUGGCGGCAUUGCUGGAUUGCUCGUGGCAGCAAGUCCUGUCCAGGUUGUGGUGGGCAGUUUUCUCGCGGGAGAUCAGCACGAGCAAAAGACGAAGAACCCAAAACAUGACAUUCUAUCAACAACAAACCAAUCUGGGAGUAUUCCGAUGCCUCUCUCGGACCCUAGCGUAAUUCUCUCAACAAGUCCAUCCUAUCGAGGAGAUAACUGGUCAUCGCUUCCAUCAGAUUCAAGAAGCAAGACGACUGACAUCAACGUGUCCGUGCCCUGAGGAAUGUUAUAUAGUUUUCAUCAGCGACCACGUGAUAAUCAUGGGACUCAUGUUCUUAGAUUGCAUUUUUUUUUGCAAUUUAAUGUAGACGUACAUUUACGUAGUCCUGUGCCGCUAGAUCCACUGUUGCUCAUUACCAGAUUGUAUGUCUGCUUAGCGAGAAAGCUGCCUGGUGUUUUCUCUUUUUCAUGUAAACCGUACGAUAUAAUAGUUGUUGCCUAGAGUUAUUUUCCGACUGUUGCAAGUUUCGCAGUGAGUUAAAUGCUUCUUUUCUGUAUCAUCUUCGUCAAAUAAUUUCAUUGUUAUGUCUUGUUGAUGGAUCUACAAUUUCCUUUCCUGUUGCUAAAGCUGAAAAUACUUCAUUUG